UACACACACACACCCACGCGCACACUUACGCACACGUACAUACACGUCGCCUCUAGAGUAGUAGGACACGGUAAACCGGUUGUACCGCCUGUUGGGGGGAUUCUCCGCCGUGCUCUGCCGGAACACUCAUCUCAUUCUCGGCUUGAAGGAAGUUGAACCGAACAGCUGUGUGUGUGCGUGUUAAUUCGGGAGCCAAUCGAGCAGACAUGGACAUUUUCAAGAAGGGUUUCAAUAAAGCCAAGGAUGGAGUCACGAUGGCGGCUGAGAAGACUAAAGAUGGGGUCACGCUCGUCGGUAACAAAACAAAGGCUACAGUCAGCACAGCUGUGUCUGGAGUGUCUCAGGUGGGUGGAGCCAUGGUUAGUGGGGUUACCACGGUGGCCCACAAAACUGUGGAGGGAGCAGGCAACAUCGCCGCUGCCACUGGAUUGGUUAAGAAGGAUCCAGCCAAACAAUGUGAUGAAGCCUCAGCAGGACAGGACCUGGCAGAGUCACCGGUUGAUACCGACCCUGCUGAUGCUACAGAGGACGACACCGAUGAUAACUGAUCGAGAGCUUCACAGUCGAAGACCAACGAUCAACAAUCAAUGACGAAACAUUCCAUGUCACUCUGCCAAGUCCCGUUGUGCCUCGUUUAAUGGAGUCUGUGCCCAACGUCUCUCUGUGUGUGUGUGUGUGUGUGUGUGUGUGUGUGUGUGUGUGUGUGUGUGUGUGUGUUUGUGUUGUUACGUAUGUCUGUACAGCAGUAUAUUUGUAAAUGUUGUGUGAGUGUGUGUGUGUGUGUAUACGUGUGCCUUUUACACAUCAGUCCUGAAAGUGAAAAGUGUGUGUGUGUGUGUCUAUAUGUACGUUUUCUGUCACUUGUGUGGCUAUAUGUCAGUAACUCAACCAUGGAAUAACACCACUUCAAGCACCUAAGUGUCUCUAUAUAAAUGGACAAUUUACAGUGAUCUGUUUCAAAUGGAAGCGUAAUGAUAGUCUCUAUUUUUGUCUGUAUACCGUUAAAAACUGUUUUUUGCGGUGCGUUAUGAAGUGCUGAGCUAUUUGUGCAUUCAUAUUGUAUUUUUUAAUUUAUCACCUCUCACUGUAACAAAUAUAUCUCACGUUGAAUGGACUUUUGAUGAACCAAGAGCAUGUGAAACUACUCAGCUGAACUGCUGUGAUAUAUAAAUUUAUUUGGAGUUAAGUGUUAAAUAAAAAUAUGUUUAAACAAAA